AAACUCCAAAGCAUAUAUAUCUAAUAUGUAGUUAUAGGAGCUCUUAUGCAAGUAGAUUUAAUUUUUGCAAGGUAAACCAACUGGCCUAAGGUUGAUGAUGUCAGAAUAUUCUUCCAUAUUGAAUACGGCAACUUUCAACCUUUUGCUCAUGUCUAUUUCUUCCAAACUUAGUUAUAAAUUAGUUCUAAAAUUUAGCAAGAUAUUGAACUGAGAGAAAGAAAAAAAAGAGAAUAUAUUCAAAAAAUUUAAGCUCUCAAAUUAAACAUGGUGAAUCUAAGAGAUCUUCUCUUACGAUAUAGCGUUAUGAUUUUCAUGUUACAUUUUAUUUGGUCAUCAAAUAAUAAAUUGGUCAUAGCAGAUGUAUCGGCUAUUUUUAUAUUUGGCGAUUCGACCGUAGAUGUUGGAACUAAUAAUUAUUUAAAUGGAAGUCUUGCUACAGCAAACAAACCUUAUUAUGGAAUUGAUUAUCCACACCACACUGCUACUGGAAGGUUUAGCAAUGGCUUUAACCCUGCUGACUACAUCGCAAGGUACUUGGGUAAUUAUAAGAAAAGCCCGUCAGCUUUUUUAGCCUUGGUUCAAAAAACUUCAACAUUUAAGAGUAGCAUAUCACGUGGUGUCAACUUUGCAUCAGGAGGAUCUGGAAUUCUUGAUGAUACUGGAAAUCGUGGAUUUCAUAAUGUAGUAUCACUUACUCGACAAAUAGAACAAUUUCAAACAGUACGUGGGAACAUCACAGAAAUAUUGGGAGAUGUCAAAGCUUCAAAGCUGAUUGCAAAUGCGUUCUACCUUAUAAGUGUGGGAAGCAAUGAUUUCUUCGAUCAGUUUCGUUAUAAUUACAAUAUAUCUGCAGCUGAACUUAUCUUUGAUCUCACUGAUACCUUUGCCAAUCAAUUACAGAAUUUAUAUAAUUUAGGUGCAAGGAAAUUUGGAAUUUUUGGGAUCCCUCCGAUUGGAUGUUGUCCGGCAAUACGUGCUGUAACGCCUGGUGGUGCCUGUAACGAGACACUUAAUAGUUAUGCUCAAAUAUUUUACAACGCAACAUUCAACUUGCUGCAACAUUUCAGCUCAGCAAAUCCAGAAAUGAAUUUUUCACUUGGAAAUUCUUUCUUGAUGACAAAGGGUGUCAUUGAUAAUGCAGCUGCAUCAGGUUUCGUAGAAGUUAAAGAAGCGUGCUGUGGUACAGGACCUUUCAAAGGAAUCGAUAAAUGUACCCAAAAAUCUGAUCUUUGCAAGAAAAGGGAUGAAUAUUUGUUCUGGGAUAGGUUUCACCCAACUCAGAAAGCAGCUAAAAUGGCAGCUUUGACACUUCUUUAUGCAACUGGACAGGAAUUUGUAAUACCUAUCAACUUCUCUACAUUGGCAACUAUUCAGCACUGAAAUUAUACCUACUAUACGUAACCAAAAGCAAGUUAAGAAAAAUAAAAUAGCUAGUUAGCACGGAAUGUUCUUCAAUUAUCAAUAAAUUUGAUUUUGAUCUACAUGAAAAGUAGAUUAUUUUGUUCGUUUUGUAUAAAUAAUACAUGGGCUUUUGUCUAAUAUUGUAAUAGCAAAUGUUACUGACGCUAUAUACUUGACAAAAGCAGCAUAUAUAUAUUUGGUCUAUUCCAUCUAUAUCAUGCUUAGUUUUCUUGUUUAA